GAACACUGCGAUAAAUUUGUUUUGAAGCUCGGCUUGUAAUAUCCCCGAGAAUCGGGAGAAAUGGACACCGCGGAGCUCCAGUACUCCGUCCACUCCCUCUGUCGCAUCUGCUUGAUCCACCUGGAGCAGGCUAUUAGUUACGACUUGUUCCUGAUUUCGGACUUGGCCAGAAAACUAAAGAGUUGCACUUCGCUGGAGGCGGAAUCGGGCGAUGGUUAUCCAAAGAGUCUGUGCACUCAGUGCUUCACCAAGCUGAACGACCUGUAUGACUUCCAAGAACUUUGUGCGGUGUCCAUAAAACGAUUCAAGGAAAUGGUGGCCAGCAAUAGGAUUCUCCCCAUGGGAGUUUUUGAGCCCGUGGCUGAGAAUUCUGAAGCAUUAGGGCGGCAGGAGGAGCAGACCAGCUAUGAUCCCUUGCUGAACCAUAAGCUGGAGAUGAUCGACAACGAGGAGGAGGUUUUCAAAAUGCUAGAAACGGUGGACAGAGAGCCGGAAGAACAUGGUAGUUUCGACGGCCAAGGGGAUUCCUCCAGUGAAGAGGAAAAUGAGCAGGAUGAAAAGAAGCAGGCGUUGAAGAGCGACUCCAGCGAAGAUGAUCAGCCUUUGUCCAGCCGGCGAAGAAUUCCCAGCGACGAGCGCCACCUUCACCGCUUAAUAACCUGCCCCAUCUGUCAGCAAAAGUUCAAGAAGCCGUCCAAGUUUGAAGAGCACAUGAAGCACCACAACGACCUGCUGCCGUUUCAAUGUGAGGAGGAAAACUGCCAAAAGGGUUUCACCACAGCCGGAGCACUGCGCCUCCACGUGGACUAUGCGCACACCAAAAAGGCCGAAGAGAUCCCCUGCACUGUGGAGGGCUGUAGGUUACUAUUUCCCCGUCUCCGUCUGCUGACCAUCCACCUGAAGAAGGUGCACAACCAGACGAGGGUGAGUGCCCCGCGGGUUGAGCAGCCCUGCGGAGAGUGCGGUAUGGUCUUUCGGUGCCCGGUGGCUCUAAAGAAGCACAUGUACAAGCACACGGGCGAAGAGCUUCCCUAUCCCUGCAAUAUUUGCGGCAAGGGCUUCCACAUCAAUAGUGCCUUGAAAAAUCAUCUACUCCGACACGCAGGAAUCAAGAACUACGUGUGUCCGUAUUGCGGAGUGGGGAAGACCACGCGUCAGGAGUGGAGCAAGCACAUCCUCACCCACACGCAGGAGAAGCAGUUCAAAUGCCACAUCUGCGAUCAUGCCACCCACACCAAACGGGCCUUGGAUAGCCACGUGAAGAUUGUGCACGAGAAAAUCCGAAAUUUCGCCUGUCAGUAUUGCGGAAAGACUUUUGGGAAAUCACACGCCUGCAAGAUCCAUGAGAUGACGCACACGGGGGAAAAACGAUGCGAGUGCAAGGUUUGUGGGAAGAAGUUUUUGUAUACAGAGAGCUUAACAAAACACCUGAAGAUUCAUGAAAAAAGCGUGGAGAGAGCUCUGGAAACCUAUAGGCAACGACAAGGUGAAGGUGAACCUGGAGACGUCCAAGUGGACGCGGAUCAGCUGUUGAAGGUGUGCGCCGAGUCCGUGGCCACUAUACCAAAAGAUCCCCGUCGCGUCGAGCGAGUUGAUCUGGCUCAACUGGCGGGGACCGUAGUGAAUCCCAUACCCAUUGUUGAACUGCCGCCCAGUGAAGUGCCUAUUCGCACAAAGUUUGUACAGAAGGAGGGCAUGCACUUGUGUCCAGGCUGCAGUCAGGGAUUUAAUAACCUGGGCAACAUGAAGCGUCAUUAUAAAAGCGUCCACGAAAAGGUUAAGGACUUCGAGUGUCGCUUCUGCUCCCGCCGUUUCGCUAACUCACAAUCAUUGAAGCAGCACGAGUGGAUUCACACCGGCGAAAAACCAUAUGAGUGCAAGGUUUGUGGGACUCAUUUCCGCCAGGAAGCGGCUCUUAUCCGCCACCAAAAAGUCCAUGAUGAAAAGCCACCUAAGCCACCCAGGCCGCCCAAAGAGAUCAGCGAAAGAGCCCGCCAAAAGGCGAUGCAAAAAAGUGAGCGAAGACGAAAGGUGGAGGCUCUUCGUCAGGAGAUCGCCGAGGUCGCCAAGGAGGAACUGAAGGAUUUGGAGAAGCAACGGGCUCUGGAGAAGCAGCAGAACACCUACGAGCAGUAUCAGGCAGCGGCAGCUGGACAGGCUAUUCCUGAAUCCAAAGGGUGCCAAAGGAAAAUUGGACGGAACGCGAAAAUGUCAAAUCAGCAGAUGUCCGUGCGCGAGUGUGGGUGCGAAAUGCGCUGGUGUGCCAGCAGCAAAAUGACGUGGGAACCACAGGGAGAAGGUCUGCAGCAGAUCAUAGCGAUCCUCAAGGAGUCGCAGUCACCGGACACAGCCACCCAAAUGGCCGUACAGAUGAAACUUGAGGAAUUCAAUCGGUAUCCAGACUUCAACAACUAUCUAAUCUACGUGCUGACUAAGCUGAAGACAGAGGACGAGCCCACGCGUUCGCUCAGUGGCCUGAUCCUCAAGAACAACAUCCGCAUGCACGGCAGUAACCUGCAGCCCGAGAUUGUAGAGUACAUCAAGCACGAAUGUCUGCAGGCGGUGGGAGACACCUCUCCUCUGAUCCGAGCUACCGUGGGCAUUCUGAUCACCACCAUUGCGAGCAAUGGCGGCUUGCACAACUGGCCGCAAUUACUGCCAUCGCUUUGCGAGAUGCUCGACAACCAGGACUACAAUGUGUGCGAGGGAGCUUUCAGCGCGUUACAGAAGAUUUGCGAAGACUCGGCCGAAAUACUGGACUCUGCGGCGCUCAACAGACCUCUAAACGUGAUGAUUCCCAAGUUCCUGCAAUACUUUAAGCACAGCAGUCCCAAGAUCCGCUCCCACGCCAUUGCCUGCAUCAACCAGUUCAUCAUAAACAGAUCACAGGCUCUGAUGUUAAACAUUGACAGCUUUAUUGAGAACCUCUUUCACUUGUCCUCGGAUGAGGACCACGAGGUGCGUAAGAACGUCUGCCACGGAUUGGUAAUGCUGCUGGAGGUGCGCAUGGACCGUUUGAUGCCGCACAUGUCUCAGAUUAUUGAGUACAUGUUGCUGCGCACACAGGACUCCGACGAGGGCGUUGCCCUGGAGGCUUCGGAAUUCUGGCUCUCACUGGCUGAGCAAAGCAUCUGCAAAGAUGUGCUCGCACCUUAUCUGUCCCAGUUAGCUCCAGUUCUUGUGCGCGGUAUGCGCUAUUCAGAGGUUGACAUUAUUCUCUUGAAGGGCAACGUGGAGGAGGACGACAUGGUGCCGGAUCGAGAGGAGGACAUUCGACCUCGAUUCCACAAGUCCCGCGCCCACACAAUCAAGAGUACCCAAGAGGGAGCUGGAGCCGCUGGAGAGGAUGACGACGACGAUUUUGACGAUGGAUUGGACGACGAUAGCUCGCUAUCAGAAUGGAAUUUGCGCAAGUGCAGCGCUGCCGCCUUGGAUGUGCUGGCCAAUGUAUUUCGAGAGGAUUGUCUGCCGGUUGUGCUGCCCAUCCUGAAAGAGACCCUGUUCCACCAGGAGUGGGUGAUCAAGGAGAGCGGAGUGCUGGCUCUUGGCGCCAUCGCCGAGGGCUGCAUGCAGGGCAUGAUUCAGCACUUGCCGGAGUUGAUUCCCUACCUGAUUAGUUGCCUGUCCGACAAGAAGGCCCUGGUGCGCUCCAUUACCUGCUGGACGCUCUCACGCUACGCCAAUUGGGUGGUCAACCAGCCGCACGACCAAUACUUGAAGCCACUGAUGGAAGAGCUGCUCAAGCGCAUUCUGGAUUCCAACAAGCGUGUCCAGGAGGCGGCGUGCUCUGCUUUUGCAACUUUGGAGGAGGAGGCCUGCACGGAACUGGUGCCCUACCUAGAGUACAUUUUGAAGACGCUCGUCUUUGCCUUCUCCAAGUAUCAACACAAAAAUCUACUGAUCCUGUACGAUGCCGUCGGUACCUUGGCGGAUUCCGUGGGCCAUCACCUGAACAAGCCGCAGUACAUUGAAAUCCUAAUGCCGCCGCUUAUCGACAAGUGGAAUCUGCUUAAGGACGAUGACAAGGACCUAUUCCCGCUGCUGGAGUGCUUGUCGAGUAUUGCCACUGCCUUGCAGUCCGGUUUUUUGCCCUAUUGUGAUCCUGUGUAUCGAAGGUGCAUCUCCCUGAUUGAGCAGACCAUUAACCAAGAAAUGCUGUGCAAACAAAACCAAACGUACGAUCAUCCCGACAAGGAGCGCAUGAUUGUUGCCCUUGAUCUGCUGUCUGGCUUGGCGGAGGGUUUGGAUCGUCACAUCGAGACGCUGGUGGCCAACAGCAAUAUUAUGCAUCUGCUCUAUCAGUGCAUGCAGGACGUUUUGCCUGAGGUUCGCCAAUCAUCGUUUGCCCUGCUGGGUGAUCUAACCAAGGCGUGUUUCCCUCAUGUGCAUCCCUUUAUGGCGGAGUUCUUCCCCAUCCUGGGUCAAAACUUGAACCCCGACUUUAUUUCAGUGUGCAACAAUGCCACCUGGGCCAUAGGCGAAAUCUGCAUGAAGUUGGGUGAGGAGACGAAGCAGUACAUACGCCUUGUACUCAGCGACUUGUUCAUUAUCAUCAACCGGCCGAACACUCCCAAGACUCUGCUGGAGAAUACAGCAAUAACAAUCGGUCGUCUAGGUUAUGUGUGCCCAGUUGAAGUGGCUCCUUUUUUGCCCGAAUUUGUACGACAGUGGUGCACAUCGCUGCGUCACAUACGAGACAACGAUGAGAAGGACUCGGCCUUCCGUGGCAUGUGUCAUAUGAUCACGGUAAAUCCAGCUGGCGUGGUGCCCGACUUCAUAUUCUUCUGCGAUGCGAUCGCCUCGUGGGUGAAUCCCCCACAGGAUCUGCACCAAAUGAUUCAAAAGAUUCUGCAUGGCUUCAAGACCCAAGUGGGUGAAGAAAACUGGCGUCGUUUUGUGGAGCAAUUCCCGCCAACACUUGCCGAGCGCCUGGCCACCAUGUACAACAUCUAAGGCCAGGCAGGCUAUAUAACACCCACCUGCACCCACUAGUGAGCAAAGCAGCAACAUCUUAACUAGACAACUAUGUACAAGUAUGCGUAGUAUGCGUGUCGUCUUAAUCUUUAACCUCCCUUAGUUAUCCGAUUCGAUGCUGUUCGAAUGUUACGUUAAAAUUGAAAUUUAAGCUUAUAGAAAACAAGAAAAAAAAACAGCAAAUUCACAUAAAAGCAACUGCAUAACCAGACUUAUAACCACAUACAUAUAUCGAUAUAUCUAAUAGAGAAGAUUCACAUAUAUUCGAACCUCUUUAGGCAGUCGUCUGUCCGCUUCGAGCGUGUUAAAUGCUUUUAUUAUGCAAAAACUCAGUAGGAAUUACAAGAAAGUGAUGUGUUCCGGCCGUACUUAACCGGAGUCAGUGCUAUAAUAUAAACAUACCCAAACCUCCAAUACACUCAGCCCAAAGCGAAAAUAGAGUUGAAUAUGCUGGACACACGGGUGUUCUCCAUAGAAUAGGUAAUAAACAAAAAAAAAAUCGUCGAAACUAAAUGAUCGUGCGGGUUCGUGUCGCGGUAAUUAAUAAACUAAAUCGUUGAAAGAUGAAUGUGUUGGGCCAAUUGUGAAAUCCAAAGAUUAGAAAUGGACUAAUGCACUACGAAUGAAAAGAUUCAGCUAAGGUAAAGGAUACAAAUCAAACAAAGACUGAUGUUUAAAAUCAACUCCGUUCAAAAUCCAUAGAAAGCAUUCAUCAACAGGCGAUUUGAAUUUCACAAGUGAGCCCAACACUUUCAUAACUUAAAUAAUAUUUAAAACAAUCGAAGAAAAAUCGUCGCGUUUCGGGUUUAUACGGUUUCGCGCUCGCGUAUUUUCGUCGUUCGUUCGUAAUCGUAAUCGUCGUUCGUGGUAACUCGUCGGGUAAUGAAAAUCGGGAAAAUGAAAGAAAAAUAAUACAAGGAUAACGAUAAUAUUGCAACUGUUACUGAUACAAAUUUACUUAUACACUGCAUGAUAUUCAUAUGCUAUACAAAAUUAGGUGUUUUUUUACGCGUUGUGUAAGCAAAAAGCAAAUAGGGAAAAAUAAAAAAUUGAGAUUAGGAUUUCGUUGAGUAUCUUAUUUAUUUUUUUUCGAUCCUUUAACUGAAUACAAAAGCAACCAUUGACUGAUCACUUUUUAAAGUAUUAUUAUAUAAUUUUUUUUUGUAUAGGGACAAGUGUAAUUAAUUAACUAAUAUUAUUUUCAGCAAACUUUGAUAUAAUUUGUAUAGGCUCGUGUAUUCCGUAACCUUUAUAAUUUAUGAUUUUUGUACAGAACAAAUUUUUUACAAUUAUACGAUUAGGUGUAAAGUGUACUACUAAAUGGAAACAAAAGUCUUUGAAAUUGUCGCGGAACAACUUAAAAAAUACGAAAAGUAAAACUAGGGAAACCAAACUCAGUCAAACUCAAAUAUAAAAUGAUUAUGAAGCAAAUAGAUAACAGAGUAAAUCUAAGUAAUAGUAUUAUGUAAUAAUGCAAACCGUGAUUACGUUUGUAUUUUUAUUUCGUUUAAAACAAAAUCAAAGGGGGAACGUGUGAUAAUAAAGUAACUUCGGGUCGUUCGUUCGCGUCGCGUUAAACUCAACCAAUCUAAAACUAACAAUAAGGGACUUUCGCCCCCGAGUCCCAAAUAAUAUUUGCAAUACAUGGUAAUUAUAAUACGGUCUAAUUAAAAAGCAGUGAGGCAAUCGCUGAACUGAAACUAAACUAAAAUGAAAAAUCGUGAUUUCGUUGUACCUUAAUCCGGAUUCAUCGCGGAAUCCGGUCGCGUUCGCGUGCGUUUGUAUCUCUCUCGGGUGAUCUUAGUGAUUAGCGUUUAAGCAGUUAAACAAAUAAAAAAAAACAAUCAACACUACAACCACACACACAAAACAUUGAACAUAUACACACCACACAUAUAGAACUAUAUAAAGUAUAUUUAUAGAUUUUAUGCAGAAUAGGUUUUUGUUCUUUACGUUAUUUUUCAGUUUGAUAGGGCCAACCAAAAACAAAAAAAAAAAAAGAGUAGGGAACUAAAAAUAAAGUAAAUGUUAGGUCAAGUUAGGGCAAGAAAUAAAUAAAUAAAAGCAAAACGUAACAAAAACAGGAAAUCAAAUAAGAUUUGUGCAGCCUUAGGGAAAUUUUAUUUUUUAUUUAUUACAUUAUUACUGUGUGUAUGUAAUUAAAAUUUUGAAAAGAACGUAACAUCUGUUUUUGAUCCUAUACACAAACAUAAUCAUCCACUUUUGUUGUUUCUUUAGGUAUAUGAAGACCAAGCUUAGUUAAUAUUGUUUUAAUUGUUACUUUUUACACACCUCUUAUAACACCUAAUUAAUUCAUCAAGCACACAACUCUGAUAGGUUUAAAUCUUGUAAUCCUUUAACUUAAAAUUCACUUUCACUAACUCGGUUAACAAAAGGUCUGCAAAUGUCUAACGAAAUUGAAUAUAUUUACGCGCCUAUAUACAUUAAAAACAUACCCGUAUAUAUGAAGUACAUGCAAGUAUGUAUAAUCCCUAAAUUAGCUAUAUGGAUCCAGCAUAUUGGCAAACUAGAGAUUAUUCUUCUGGAGUCAAAUGUUUUACUAAAGCUCCAUUUCAAAAUUCAACUAUCGAGAUUUGUGUAAAUUGAAAAGUAUAUAUAUGAAUAAAUAUGUAUGUAUAACAUUA